UUGACUGGCCUAAGAACAAAAGUCCAUCUCUAAAAAUCACUCAGCUUGCAGUAUAUGGAUGAAGCCCUAGAUAAGGAGCGUGUGCAUGCAUUGUUAAGUGUUAUCUUACCUGUCUGGCUCCAGGUCGACAAUGCCCAUCACUAUGAUCUUCUUUCCUGGCCGCAUGCCGCCCCGGAUGCGCCCGCUGAAUGGCACCGUCUGUGCAAAGUGCAAUGAAUUUAUUAAGCACAGCCCGGAGCGAGCAUCAAACAAGAAUACUCAAGAGACCAUUAAGGCGUCUUUCAUACCAGGAGACGUGACAAAUCCUCCUUGUCAGGUGAGAUGAGGCCGGGGUUCCCCAGCGAGUCGUUCAGAUGGUCGUCUUCCACAUUCUUCAACACCAGUGACAAAAGACACAGGAUGCAAACUGUCAUUUAUCGCUCUAUCAGCAGAAGGAAGACUUCCAGUGAAGCUGACGACAAAGCAUCAUCUUGUUCAGACUGAUUUCAGAGACCCAGCCGGCUGCCCGGUCCGCCCAUCUCCCUGCUGCCAUGGCCGCGGAGGAUACCGGUCAGGAUGAUGCGACGGCCGGUCAUGCAGACUGCACCGAGAUGGAGGAGAGGCUGAAGGAGGGGAAUAUGAAGGUUGAUUUGGAGGCUUCUCUGCCCGCUGGACAUGCGGAUUUCGCUAUCCAGUGUCGAGAUGUGUGCCGGUCGUACGGCAAACUGAAGGUCCUCAGCAGCCUCAACCUGACUGUACCACAGGGACAAAUUUAUGGCCUUUUAGGGCCCAGUGGAUGUGGGAAGACCACACUUUUGAAAUGCAUCGUGGGAACUCUGAAAAUCUCACGGGGUCAUAUCACUGUUUUAGGCAAGCCGCCAGCGUUCCCUGGCCAUGAUGUGCCGGGGAGGAUGGUCGGAUACAUGCCACAGGACCUGGCGCUGUACAACGAGUUCACCAUCAGUGACACCCUGACUUUCUAUGGCCGAAUCCACGGCCUGACGUGGAGGGAAACCCAGACACGCAUGGACUUCCUCGUUGACAUCUUGGAUCUACCUCAGAAGCACAGUCUGGUCCGAAAUCUCAGUGGGGGUCAGAGGCGUAGGGUGUCUCUCGGAGCGGCUCUGCUUCAGAACCCAGAGCUGCUCAUCCUGGACGAACCGACAGUCGGAGUGGACCCUGUGCUCAGGGCCAAGAUCUGGCAGCAUCUGGUGGAGAUUGUGAAGACGGGGAAAGUCUCUGUCAUCAUCACCACACACUACAUAGAGGAGGCGAGGCAAGCCAAUGUGGUCGGCCUCAUGAGAAACGGCUGUUUGCUGGCUGAAGGCCCUCCAGACGCAGUCAUGAAGCAGCACAAUGCAUCAACACUGGAGCACGCCUUCCUCCAGCUGUGUGAGACGUCGGACCAGAUCGACUCUAAACGGUCCAGUCCGCAGGGUGGGCAGCUGGAGUCAUUCGAGAGCGGGCGGGACGAGAGCCGGCCAAUUCUCGGGGUCGGACCAGGAGCGGCAGAGGAAGUUCCCAAAUAUUCAGCGGACUGGAAGGUGCGAGCCAGACACGUGCUGCCGAAGUGGAGAAACAUCGCUGCCCUGAUCAUCAAAACUAUGGUGCGGAUGAAAAGAAUGCCUGGCUCCUUGUGUUUCCAGUUCUUGCUGCCCGUCAUUCAGGUCUCUCUGAUCUGUCUGUGUAUUGGAGGAGACCCAAAUGGGAUCCAGGUUGCCGUAGUGAACAACGAGACCUCUUCCUCUGCUUACAGCCAAUCGCUGCUCUCCUUCCUGGACAACUCCAGCGUGCACCAGGUUCCCUUGUCCCAUUCGGAUGCUUUUGAUGGGGUCUAUAAUGGAGAGUACUGGGGUGUCAUCGGCUUCGGCAAGAACUUCACCAGCUACCUGACAAAAAGGAUGAUGGAGCGACAUGUUUCUAGAGAAGUGGUUGAUGGGGGAUCAGUGCACGUCUGGCUGGACCUGACAAAUCAACAAAUUGCUGUUAUGCUGAAGAAGAAACUACAUGAGGCCUUUCAGGCUUUUGUGGAGAGUAAGUUGAAAAGUAUGUCGUACCUGGUCGACCUGCCAAUAAAGUUUGAAAAGCCGAUCUAUGGCAGCCAAAACACAGACUUCACAACAUUUGUGACACCUGGAGCUGUACUCAGUAUCACCUUCUACCUGGCUGUGGGUCUGACUGCCCUCUCCUUUGUCCUGGAGAGGAAGGAGGGGCUUUUGGACAGGUGCUGGGUCGCAGGUGUGAGCUCUCUGGAGACGAUGUUGGCUCACCUCUUCUCUCAGCUUUUUGUCAUCAGCGUUCAGAUCCUCCUGCUGCUCCUCUUCAUAUUGCUCGUCUUCAAGAUACCUAAUGAAGGCUCCUUGGUGCUGGUCAUAAUUCUGAUCGUGCUGCAGGGCAUCACUGGCAUCUCGUUUGGCCUCGUCAUCUCAGCCGCAAUCGACGAUGAGCAAAGUGCCAACCAGGCCGCUCUGGGCAUCUUCUACCCCAACCUCAUCAUCAGCGGUAUCAUCUGGCCUGUGGAGUGUAUCCCGUAUCCUCUCCGCUACAUCAGCAUGGCUCUUCCUCAGACCUACGCCUCAGAAGCCCUUCGCUGUAUCAUGUACAGAGGUUGGGGUCUGUCUCGGAUGAUGGUGUGGCGAGGCUUUGCUGUCACUCUGGGCUGGAACACUUUCUUCCUCAUCCUGGCCACAGUCAUCUUAAAGCUGAGGACGUGAUGACCGCACAGAACCUCCUUCAGUGUGGGGACAGCGCCAUCAGGUGAAGCCCAGGAGCCAACGACUCACCUGGGGGGCCUCCUGUCUGUGGAUGCAGUGGGGCAGCAGAGGGGAGGGAGGCAAACACUGGUUUAAUGAACUGAUUAAGUUGUUACAUCAGUCUCUGCCCUCCAAAUUAUCUGUCCCACAUACAGCACACACACACACACACACACACACACACACACACACACACCAACCAGCUGCCUGAUCCUGCAACAGUUGUUUUGGCCUGUUCAAGCACGAGUGAAAUUUCAAAAGGCUGCACAUAGAAGUACACAAGAGAGAAUAUGCACAUGCACAAUAUGACAAUAUCUGUGAAAUAAUAAAAUGAGGAUAGUGUGUAGUCUUAGACUUUCACUUGUACGUGCAGCUUGCUGAAACUUUUCACCCCCAGAAUGGUCCAUGUACCAACUCAGGGUCUUUUUUGUUUGUUUAGUUUGCCCUGGUCUUAAUGCUAAUAGUGAGAUUUGUUUGUGAAUAUACUGACUAUAACUGUAGGGCAAUAUUUUUUUUGUCCAUACAGUAUUUGUUGUCUACCUUAUAUUUUUCAUUAUGUCAACUUUAACAUUAUAAAAUUGUCAGAAAAGGAGUCAGCACAACAAGACAAUGUGAAAAUGUUUUUUGUGGUUGCUUUACAAGCAGAGAAGAUUGUUGAUGCAUGUCGUGGGAACCCGGAAUAGGUUUUAAAGUGCUGAUUGCUUCAUUUUGUUCAGGAAAUUCUCACCCAUUCAGGCUUCCCGCAGCAACAGUAGUUUUACGUUCUGUCUUGUGUGUGACAGGAAGUGGUAACCACGUCUCAUCUUGGUGCAUUAUCAGCUGAUCAGCUCCAAAGUGUCGUCUAGAUGUGUGUUGACGUCAUUUUCAGUUCAGGUUGAUGGGGUCCUCCAUAACUUGUGUUUUGUGCCUGAAUCCCCUGUGGGAGAAAAACAUGUCAGUGAUUAGAAAGUGUUGGUACUGCAUAAUUUCUCUUUUAUUACUCUCCACUGUGCUGGACAGAGUGGAUUCUGUUGGAUAGAUUCUUCUCACAGGUCAGGUGUGUCAUUUCUCUUCAAGCUGUCUGCAUCCAUGCAAAACAUUUAGCUAUAUUUUUUACACAGAAUUUUCAAACUGCUCAUACUUUAUACUUUGUUUAUGACUCUUCCACCCACAUUAACAUAAUAAAAGCACACAGGAGUAA